GUUUGUGACAUCUAAAGACUAUUAAAAAACUGGAAUGAUGACAUCUUCGUCCUUCAAAUCAGAAUAUUUCCCUUUAUAAAGACCGAAAAUUAAAAUUUUCUUCAUCAUUUCGGUUUUGUUGCUGCUUCAAGCACAUCAAAAUGAAAAUCUUUGUGUGCUUUGUCUUCCUCGCUAUAGUCGCACUAUGUGCAGCAGAAAAUAAAGACAAAACUGAAAAAUCAGCCAAAAAAGAAGACAAACCCAAAAGGCACAUUUUUGGUAAUGGAUACAACAAUUACGAUUUUUCUGGAUUUGACACCGUUGGAUCUUUGGGUGGCGUCACCGUAGACACCACUUACGGAAAUUUGGGAUACAAAACUUAUGGAUCCGGUCUCGGAUCUGGCUAUAGUUAUGGAUCCGGCCUUGGAUCUGUCUACAGUCAAGGAUCCGGUCUUGGAUCUGUCUAUAGUCAUGGAUCCGGUCUUGGAUCUGUCUAUAGUCAUGGAUCAGGUCUUGGGUCUACCUAUAGUUAUGGAUCUGGUUAUGGAUCCGGUUAUGGAUCUGGUUAUGGAUCUGGUUACGGAUACAGUGCUGGAUACGGAUCAGGAUUGGGAGCCGGCGUUGUUACCAGCCGCCAAUCUACCGGCGUCCGUGCUGGCAGUGGCUACGGAGCCAUUGAAGGUUUGGCCAAAGUGUCCAACGUAAGAUCCCACGAAAUCCACACUGUUACCCAACACGUGCCAGUAGCAGUACCUCAACCUUAUCCCGUCCAUAUCACUAAGACAGUAUCAGUACCCAAACCUUACCCCGUUGAAGUUGAAAAACCAGUACCAGUUCCAUACAAAGUCAACGUUCCUGUUGAAGUACCCAAACCCUAUGCCGUUAAAGUACCACAACCCGUGGCUGUGCCCGUCGAAGUCAAAGUACCAGUCGAAGUACCCAAACCCUACCCAGUUCACAUUACCAAAACCGUCAAGAUUCCCGUAGAAAAACCCGUCUACGUUAAAGUAGCCCACCCUGUUCCUGUUAAAGUCAGGGAACCAGUACCAGUUGCAGUACCACACCCCGUUGCCGUCAAAGUACCCACCCCCGUUGUUGUUAAAGUACCAGAAGUCGUUGGAAUUAAUACUGUAACUCAUGUCGAUUCCGGCGCUGGUCAAAUUAUCGGAAGCGACUUUGGAUCUGGAGUUCAGGAAGUUGUCCACGGAUCAGGCUAUGGAUUUGGAUCUGGAUAUGGAUCUGGAUAUGGAUCUGGAUAUGGAUCUGGAUAUGGAUCUGGAUAUGUAUCUGGAUAUGGAUCUGGGUAUGGAUCAGGAUAUGGAACUGGUGCUGAAAUUAUCAGCGGAUCAGGAUUUGGAAGCGGCGCAGUAUUAAGCACCGGCUCAGGAUAUGAAACAUCCGGAUUGGCCACUGGAGCCGAAUACGGAUCAGCCAUCAGCUCAGGACUCACUUCUGGUGCUGAAAUUGUUGCCGGAAAAUCCGCUCAUUUUGUUGCCGGAAGCAACCAUGGACUUGUUGGAUCUUACGUACCAAGUGUCUACGGAGGAAUUUCAGGUCACACCGUUCAUAACACCCAGUGGAAACAUUUGUGAUCUGUAACUAGUCUUAAUGCAAUGUAAAAAAUAUGUAAACUGUCUGCGUAGCCAUAAAGUGAUGCUAUAAUAUAA